UGUCGUCAAAAAAAAAUCUUGCGGUGCCUUUCACUCGAUCGUCUUGCUAGUUGCUACUUGGUAACUGCUAUUAUUUUGAGGUUUUUCCUAUCCAUGCUUUCUGAAUUUAAGAACGCAAAGUGCCUCUAAGCUCUACGCAUCUGAAAUGCCACUAUAUAACUCAACCUUAAUUCUGGCUUAGCUGCAUUUGAAAAUUGGCGGAGCUUUCAUAGGUAAAAUGGAUUCUUCGGCGGCAAAUUCUGUGUCGAACUCCCCUAUAUCCUCUGCUCCUCAAUCUCCCCGGCCUCCGCCUCCGUCGCAACCGCAUCAGGAGGUCUCAAACCUCACUGUUCUUGAAGCUGUGAAGAAGGAGGAAGUGAUUGAAGAUCCUCUUGAUGAUAUGGAGACUGAACAGGAUGAGAAGUUCAAGAGGUAUGAAGUUGAGGCUAGGAGAUACUUAAUGUCCAAGUACUUUUCAGACAAGACUAUUUUUGGAGGUAUGAGUCGUGAAUGUGCUACAUCGUUUGAGUUAGAAGAGGCUAUUAUCACUCCGCAUGCAUCAGGAAAAGGAAACAUCUUUGAUGUUAAAAUGGGUAUAAAUGGAGAGCAAGUAAAAGUAAGUAGGUUUCCUGGGUACCAGUCUUACGCAGAUCCUGCUAAUUUUGAUGACGAUAACAGUAGCGACUCAGUCUCUACAAUGGAAACUCCAUCCCAGAGUACUGCUAAUGGGCAUCAACCUUCCCAAUCUUGAAAUUUCUUUCAAUCGAUACCGUCCUCUUGAUCAGUAGAAAUCUCCUGGACUAGGGUUAAAUCUGAAAAUUUUCAAGUAAAUCAACUAGCGACUUGUAUAAUUUCUAGAACUAUAUGUGAAAAAAAGGUAAGUAACUUACUUUGGAUUGGGCAUGGUUGUAGGUGUUAUUAUUGUUGUUGUAUGCAAGGACAAAGAUAGCAUUCGGAGCUCUGGUUUUUCAUGAUACAAGUGAGGUUUGGAAACAUUGGAGAAUGUUUUUCGGGAAAAUAAGUGAGCUUUUUACUUAA